GAAACGAUUUCAUACGUAACUUCCGGUCAAUGUAGAAUUCUCAUAACAUCAAGCUGGAGCUGCGGUUUUAAGCUAACGCUAGCUACAUCUAUUGUCAGUACAUUUUAACAACACAAGCAGGGGGAAAACAUGUCAGAUACGGAGACAAAACCAUCCAGCCAAGACGGAGGGGACAAGAAGGACGGAGAGUACAUUAAGUUAAAAGUGAUUGGACAGGACAGCAGCGAAAUCCACUUUAAGGUUAAGAUGACGACGCAUCUGAAGAAGCUGAAGGAGUCCUACAGUCAGAGACAGGGCGUCCCAGCGAGCACGCUAAGGUUUCUGUUCGAAGGACAGAGAAUCGCAGACAACCAAACUCCCAAAGAGCUGGGGAUGGAGGACGAGGACGUCAUCGAGGUUUAUCAAGAACAGACGGGCGGACUCUGGAACGAUUAAACUCAUGCAAUUCUCAUUU